GUGAUGGUGGUGGUGGGCGUAUUUUAAGGAUUUAACCGGGGCACAAAGCAUCCACAACGAUGAUGAUACUUUACCAGAUCUACAAACCAAACGUGUACUCAUUCACGUUCACGUUCACAAAUCUGAUCAUAUUCCUUUCUCUAAAUCACAACAACAACAACAACAACAAUGGCGAUCCAGUAGUAGACCCACCCAUACCAAACAUCAAUGGAGUCCGAGCUCAAAGACCUAAACCCCAACUCCAACUCCAAUCAACAACAAUCUUUAGACCCCAUCGAUGAGGCCUCGAGCAAAGACGACCGUCCUCUCCUCAAACCCGACGACUCGGCACCAUUGAGUCCGCCACCUAUCUCCGCCGCCAACAUCGAAGAGUUAGAGAAAAAAUUCACCGCCUUCGUCCGCAACGAUGUCUACGGCACCAUGGGCCGCGGAGAGCUUCCCUGGACCGAGAAGGUUCUGCUCGGAAUCGCAUUCCUUACUCUCGUCCCGAUCCGAGUCGUCCUCGCGAUGACGAUACUGGUUUUCUACUACUUGAUUUGCCGAAUCUGUACGUUGUUCUCGUCGCCGAAUCGGGAGGAGGAACAGGAGGAUUACGCGCACUUGGGAGGGUGGAGGAGGGCUGUGAUUGUUCGGUCCGGGAGGUUUCUCUCUAGGGUUAUGCUUUUCGUUCUAGGGUUUUAUUGGAUUAAAGAGACAAAUCGGAGUCCAGACAUUGAUGGGAAAUUGAAUACUGAGACUGACGUCAAAGAUCAAUCUGAAGAACCUGAAAGACCUGGGGCUAUCAUAUCUAACCAUAUAUCUCAUUUGGAUAUAUUAUACCACAUGUCUUCCUUCUUUCCAAGCUUUGUUGCUAAGAGAUCAGUGGCUAAACUUCCUCUAGUUGGUCUCAUCAGCAAGUGCCUUGGUUGCAUUUAUGUCCAGCGGGAGUCAAAAUCAUCUGACUUCAAGGGCGUUUCUGGUGUUGUCAACGAAAGAGUUCAAGAAGCUUAUCGGAAUAAGUUUGCUCCAAUGAUGAUGCUUUUCCCAGAGGGCACAACUACAAAUGGAGACUUCCUCCUCCCAUUUAAGACUGGUGCAUUUCUUUCUAAAGCUCCAGUUCGUCCAGUGAUUUUAAGAUAUCCAUACCAGAGAUUUAGUCCUGCCUGGGACUCCAUUUCUGGGGUGCGCCACGUAAUUUUUCUGUUUUGUCAAUUUGUAAAUUACCUCGAGGUUACACGGUUACCUGUCUACUACCCUUCACAGCAAGAGAAGGAUGAUCCAAAACUUUAUGCUAAUAAUGUCCGAAGGUUGAUGGCUCGGGAGGGUAAUUUGAUACUGUCAGAUAUUGGUUUGGCAGAGAAACGAAUAUAUCAUGCUGCUCUCAACGGUUCCUUUUGCCAACAGUAAAUUUGGAUUCGCCAUCUGUAUAGUCAUUGUAUUAGUCUAUUAUUUACGAACAGUGAAGUAGAAAUUUAUAUCUAGAAAAUUGUGAUUGAACAAACUUUAUUAUUACCUUGUCCGGAUGCAAAUGAAUCUGUCUGGACUUUGGAUUGCUUUCGAGUUUGGUGCCAUUUUUCAAAGCUGGCCUUUUUCUGAUGUUUCUGCAUUUGAUUUUAGGUUAAUAGAGAUCCAGAAAGUUGAUUUGUUUUGGUUAAAGUGGAUCGGGCAACUCCAAUAUAGCUGUUUUCUGCUGUUGAACCAUUGUUGUAUUGUUCCCAAGGAUCACUGCUUUCAGUUGUGAUCUUUUCUCCUUUACUUGUAUCUCAUUAUUUUUUUUCUAUUUCUUUUUUUUUUUAAAGUUUCCUCCGUGGGGAGCUGUAAUUGUGGUUUGAAAAUGAGUUUCUUGUGGUUGUUUGGACCUAGUUGUAUUUGCCAAAUCAAAAGCUCCUUAUGGCGGAGUUGGGUUGGGGGAUCAUUGUCGGAUUCAGUGUCAUUCUCUUGAUAACAGGCAACCCAUGCACAUUUUGCAUGAUUAUUUGAAGUCGCAUGCCCAUGAUUAGGUUGUAAUAUUUUCUUUUUAAAUUGUAUUUUUGUAGAUAAUAA